GCAUCAUUCCGGCGCGUCGACUCUUGUGCAAGUUCAGCCAUGGUGAAGCUCACCCCCGAACUCAUCGAGUCGGUGCCCUCCUCGCUCAACCCGCUCAAGGAGCGUCAGCUUGACCUCCGAGGGUACAAAAUUCCCGCCGUCGAAAACCUGGGUAUAACUAAGGACCAACAUGAUGCCAUAGACUUCACGGACAACUCCAUCAUCGUGUUGGGGAACAUUCCCCUUCUCCGCCGUCUUCGCACCCUCCUCCUCGCAAACAACCGAAUAUCGACCAUCUCGCCAUCUCUUCGCCUUUCCGUCCCCAAUCUCACCACUCUCGUUCUAACCAACAACAAUAUCUCCGAACUUGGUGACCUUGAGCCGCUCCAGGAUAUGAGGAAGCUCGAGUUCCUUUCGCUACUCGGCAACCCCGUCCGAGAAAAGAAAUGGUAUCGCGAGUGGCUUGCAUGGCGCAUCCCAUCGCUGAGAGUGUUGGACUUCCAGAGAAUACGCGACAAGGUUGAUGCGAACACUGUUAUCCCGCUCGGUUCGCAGGAGAGGCAAGCGGCGAAGUCCCUGUUCUUGACCGCAGAUAACCUGCCUACGCAGCUAGCAGAUACCCUGUCCAAGACGGUCUCGACGCACGCAGCGAAAGCACCCGUUGCGACAGACGAGCCAAAACCGGCCGCGGCGCCGGGCAAGGCAGGGCGGCUGAUGUCCAAGGAGGAGGCGGAGAAAGUCAAGGAGGCCAUUGCACGGGCGACAUCAAUCGAGGAGAUCAGACGUCUAGAGCGAAGCCUCAGGGAGGGCUUCAUGCCGGACAUGCAGGCUGUUGGUGCAUGAACGUUGUACAAAACAUAGGUGGUUGUAAUGAUAGUUCUUGUGCGUUCACGAAUACUGAGCCCCUCGGCUUCCGCGAUACCUGGGCUACAACGAUGACAUACGCCACAGCUGUACUGUUCAACUCGCCAGCGCCCACAUGAUCGACUCAGUAUCAACCUUACAUGCAUGCAUGUACAUCACUACAAUAUCGGCCACUACGACGAACAUCCAUUCCAAGAGUGUACAGGAACCGGAAGUGUUGCACAGUUGUACAAAUGCAUGCCACCUACACACCAGUGCCGGUGUUACCGAUCCAAAGGCCGUGGAAGACGAGGGCAGCGACAGCAGUAAGAUUGAGCCCCACACUGAUGGCGUGAAGCAAGUUGAACCGGGCAUUCAGCGCCUUCAUUUCAUCUGAUAUCUGGCGGUA